ACACUUUUUACAGUAGAGUCAUCGGCUUUUGUAACAAAAUACCUUUACUUGCAAGCAUGUAUUGGCAGUUUGGUUGGCAUCAGUGAAUUCGGUCAAUCUCAACUGUCAAAUUAUCCAAGAAUCUAAAUUUUGUGAGAUCCUACUAGGAAGAAUUACAGAUAAAAAUUAUGACUGCUGAUAACAAAUUAGUUGCCAAAUUAGGCAAUCUCAAAACUGUUAUUCAACUCUUAAGAUCAAUAAAUUUUAAAGAGAGUGCCACUUGCUAUGCAUCAGAGAAUGGUUUAAAAAUAACGGUCGAAGAAGCAAAGUGUAUGCAGGCUAGUGCUUACAUUCCAAUAAAGCUUUUCGAAGAGUUCACUCUCACAGAAGAUAUUAUUUUUCGAAUUAAUUUAAAUGUUUUUGUUGAAUGUCUAUCUAUGUUUUGGCCUAGCAUAAAUGCACAAGGUAGUGCCGUGGCUUUAGAAAUGCACUACAAGGGAGAAGGACAUCCAGUGACAAUUCUUAUUGAAGAAGAUGGUAUAAUUGUUGAUUGCUCCUUAAAAACCCAAGAUCCGGAUGAAAUUCUGGAUUUUAAUUUAGAUCCUGAAAGUGUUGUAAAUAAAGUACUUUUACAUAGUGAAUUGUUAAAAGAUGUUUUACAAGAGCUUGAUCCUAGCAGCACUCACUUAGAGCUUCUUUUGUCUCCAAAGGCUCCUUAUUUUAUGUUAAGUACAGUUGGAGUCGCUGGUGAAUGUCACGUUGAGCUGCCACACAAUACAGAGUUAAUAGAGACAUUUCAGUGUAAAAAGGAGGCAAAAUCUAAGUACUUGCUCUCUCACAUUAGACCAGCCAUGAAAGCCAUGUCUUGUUCCAAUAAAGUUUCUUUGAGAACCAAUGAGGCUAGCUUAUUAUGUUUUCAAUACAUGAUUAAAACAGACGAUGGAAUUGUUUGUUUCAUUGAGUACUAUAUUUCACCAUUAAUUGAUGAUUAUCUGGAAGAUUAAUUUGUGAGUAAAUUUUGUAACUUACUGAGAAAUAAAAAAAGUAAAAAAUUUGUCAUAUAAAAUUGAGUUUAUGUAAACGUCACACUACAAGAAAAAUUAAAUUUUGAGCCGAGGUUUAAGAAUAUAUCAAUACAGUCCCUAAGUCCCUUACACCUAGU